GACAACGCGAGAAAAAUUAGUAUUUUUGCACUUCACAAAUUAAUGACCAUGAGUUCGUUUUUGAUAAACUCCAACUACAUCGAGCCCAAAUUCCCUCCCUGCGAGGAAUACACGCAGCACAGCGGCAGCGCCGGCAGCUCCGCCAGCUACCACCCUCACCACUCGCACCCGCACGCCCCGCCGCCGCCGCCGCCGCCGCCGCACCUGCACGCCGCGCACCCGGGCCCGGCGCUGCCCGAGUACUUCCCGCGGCCGCGCCGGGAACCGGGCUACCAGGCUCCCGCGGCGCCGCCGGGGCCGCCGGGGCCGCCUCCCGAGGCGCUCUACCCCGCGCAGGCACCCUCCUACCCCCAGGCGCCCUACAGCUACAGCAGCGCCGGCAGCGCCGCCCCGGGCCCCGAGCAGCCACCCCCGGGCGCCUCGCCGCCGCCGCCCGCCAAGGGCCACCCCGGCCCGCCCCAGCCCCUGCUCCCAGGCCAUGCCCUGCAGCGCCGCUGCGAAGCAGCCCCCGCCGCCGGGGCCGGCACCGGGCCCGCCUGUUCGCUGCUGCCCGACAAGAGCCUGCCCGGGUUGAAGGGGAAAGAGCCGGUGGUCUACCCCUGGAUGAAGAAGAUCCAUGUGAGCACGGUCAAUCCCAAUUACAACGGAGGGGAGCCCAAGAGGUCUCGCACUGCCUACACCAGACAGCAGGUCCUGGAGCUGGAGAAGGAGUUUCACUUCAACCGCUACCUGACCAGAAGGCGACGCAUCGAGAUCGCGCACACCCUCUGCCUCUCCGAGCGCCAGGUCAAAAUCUGGUUCCAGAACAGGCGCAUGAAGUGGAAGAAAGACCAUAAACUGCCUAACACAAAGAUGCGUUCCUCAAACCAGUCCACACUGAGCCAGCAGUCCAAAGCACAGACACAGGGCCACCCCCAUCCGCUCGAUGGGGCUACACCCAACGCAGCUGCGCUAUAAAUACAGUUUUUGGUUUGA